UCCACUUAUAGUUCUACAUUCAUUCAAAGAAUUAAGUAGAUUUUCAACACGUGCUGAAUGUUUACUUGUAUUAUAGUUGAAAUGUUUUAAUAAAAAUUUAAAUAAAUAGCAUAAAUUUCAUUUUAAAAAGUUAUUAAAAUAUGACUGAAAUUACUAGUCAUACAAUGAUUAAAAGGAAGAAAGAUUGCAUGUUCAACACAAUCAACGAAUGUGAAGUGGAGGACAUUACUCUAGAAUUUUUUUACAAACCUCAUACUAUUUCACUUUUAAUACUAUCUAUUGCUGCUGUAUUAGUGAUAUGCUUCAUCCGCGAUGAUAAAUCUGUUGAUGAUAAUAUUUUGGCUGGUAUUUGGUGUGUAAUAUUUUUUUUGCUUAUAGUAUCAUUAUUAGCAUUUCCAAAUGGACCUUUCAUAAGGCCACAUCCAGCUGUUUGGCGUAUGGUAUUUGGCCUUAGCGUUCUUUAUUCAUUAACUCUGUUAUUUUUACUUUUUCAAAAGUAUGAAACUAUUAAAGGAAUGAUUUUGUGGCUUGAUCCAAAUUUAAAAGAUUUUCACAUUGAUAUGGAUAAAGAAUAUGGUGUGAAUUGCUCUGAAAUAAAUAUUGAAAAAUUUUGGGCACAUUUAGAUGUAUUUGCUGGUGCACACUUUUUUGGAUGGGUUAUCAAAGCAAUUCUAGUAAGACAUAAUGGAAUUUUAUGGUCAAUGAGUAUAAUGUGGGAAAUAACAGAAGUUACAUUUUCUCAUUUGCUACCAAAUUUUAAAGAAUGCUGGUGGGAUGCCUGGGUAUUAGAUGUACUGCUCUGUAAUGGUUUUGGAAUAUGGGUUGGAAUGCAAAUCUGCAAAAUGUUAGAAAUGAGGAAUUACAAUUGGCCUGGCAUCAAAGAUAUUGAUUCAACUGGUGGUAAAAUCAAAAGAGCUGCUUUACAAUUUACACCUGCUAGUUGGACACAUGUACGUUGGCUUGAUCCAAGUUCAUCAUAUAUGCGUAUUUUUGCAGUAUGUCAAAUGGUAAUUAUGUGGCAAGUAUCUGAAUUAAAUACAUUUUUCUUAAAACAUUUAUUUGAAAUGCCACCAUCACACCCAAUUGUUGGCUUCAGAUUAUUAUUUUUAAGCAUUGUAGUUGCUCCAUCUACUCGACAAUAUUAUACAUAUGUUACGGAUCCAAAUUGUAAAAGACUUGGAACACAAUGUUGGGUCUACACUGUUAUAAUGAUAACUGAAUUAUUACUAUGUAUAAAAAAUGGAAAAGAAUUAUUUCAACAAACAGAAAUUAUUAACAUUUCUGUAUGGUUAGUGAUAAUGUUAUUUUUUUCUAUUGUUAGUGUAUUGGGUUUUUGGCAGGCUGACUGGCUAACAGGAAAAAAGUCUAAUUCUGAAACUAUACCAAUAGCUACUUCAGAUGAUAAUGAUUUUGAUGAUCAAAAUAUAUCUAAUAAAUCAAAAACUAGUUGAAAUUAAAAUAAACUAAAAAAUAUAUAUUUGUCCAACUAGUUAAACAGUAACCCUAUAAAGCACAAAUAUGUUAAACAACAUAUUUUAUUUAUUUAUAGUUGUAUAUCAUUUUUAUUUGACUACAUUUUUUUAUAAUCUUAUUAAGGCGUGUAUUUAUAUAUUGGACUUGUAAUUAAUUUUCCUUUUGAACUUGAAUACUUUAUUAUUAGAUCUUAUAUUGUUAUUAGUUAUUUAAUAACAUUUAGCCUAGUCACCUUAAUGUAUUCAUUAUACUUUAAUGUUUUAUUUCCUCCUUUAAAGUUGUUAAAGUAAAUUAUUAUUUUUUAUUGUGAUAUAUUAUAAAUUAUGAAUGAACUAAAUUUAUGUGUUUAAACACAAUAAAAAUAAAUUACCAAUUUCUAA